CUUUCAGCUACUCACUUACGGCUGUAGUACAUAAAACAACACGUUGGGGCGCCGCAUUCUCGCAUCCCUUCAUAUCCGGUACCUGGACGGGCGUUAAGUAGGACAUAGACAACCGCAUACUAAUAGAUACGUUUACGAUGGCGCACUCGGCCCAGCCUGUGGGGCUGGCGAUGCUGUUGAACUGGGGCGAUGGAAGUUUGCACUUGGGACAAGACAAAUUGGCCAUCGCUGCUGCCGCUGCAACAGCUGCAGCUGCCAGUCCCUUGUUGAGAAUAUCCUAUGGCUCCAAGGGAGUUGCGGCGCUCGGUCGGGCGGCUGCUGCGGUAGCAGCACCAUUGACAGCAUACGCCUUGCAACCCUCAUACUUCGCGGCCAGCGCGCUGGCCCCAGCAGUGGACGUCGACAAUGGUAGCCCAGCCGGCGCAAAGCCCCUUCCGGAGCUCAAGAGCAUCCUCAGCUUGUACCGCCCGCUGAGCCUCUCCAAGAUGCUGGCAAAGAACUUGGCCAUGCACCUGAUCAUCAAGUUCCAGCGCUACAUGAUGGAGUAUGCCGAGCACGAGCAGGCGGCCAUCGCUGCAGAGGCGCAGGGUCAAGACGUGCCGGAGCCGCCGCCCUUCCCCGACAUGACCCCUGCCGCAUGGAAGGGCGUGUACUCGUUCGGUCGGGAGCUGGCAGUGGCCACCACUCGGCGAGUGUACGAGCAGAUCGCGGCGGCGAAGUUGCCGCCGGCCCGUGCCCAGGCGCUGCUGCGCGAGGCCCGGCCCUGGAUCCGCGACGUGCUUGCCGCCAAGCACCGCACCUCCUCGCUCAGCCGCCGCUUCACGGCCUACCAGUUCGCCACGCUGCACUCCUCCGUGCUCUUCUACGCGGCGGACUGCACCGUGGCCGUGCUGCAGCACACGCACCGCACCUGGAAGCGGAAGGACAAGACGAAGUGGCAGAAGCUGACGUACUGGGGGCGUGGGGUGGUGCUGCAGGUGGCGCGCUGCGGCAUCAUCUGGAUGGUGGUUUCCGUCGGCACGGCGGCAUGCUCGUUGGUACGACCGGGUAUUGGUACCCAGAUCGGAAACCUGGGCACCGAGAUCCCCGCUGCCAUCAUCAUGAGCUACGUGGUCGAGACCCUGCUCGAGUAUUAAGAGGUGAAGGCGUGUUCCCAAGCAAAUGGACUUAUCUGGCACCAGCAAACCGGAUGCUGGGUCAGCUGGCCCAGCGGAGGCGCCUGCGGGGAGGCACUUGGGGCGUGAAAGUGCUGCAAUUGACGGGCGUUUGAACCUCUGCUUGCAUGCUAAGUACACACUGGCUGGGUGGCUGGGAUUUGGGUUCAGACAACCGCAGGAGGGCUUACAAGCAAAGCAUCAAGUAUUUCAGUUUCCUUGGGUUGUUUUGACCGUAACGAGGGUGGGGAUGUCACGCCGGCUAGGUUUGAGAGACAGUGCGACAUGUGGUGUCAGCGCUGUUAGCAGGGUACUCCGCCGAUUGUGGCGGACUUGGAAAGCUGGUUGGCUUAGGUGGCAUGCGUAGAUGGCUCAGGUGCGGCAUUGUCUGUUAGGACUGCGCGCUUACGUUGGUUGGGGUGUUACCGGUACGUUUAAGGCCUUACAUCCGGCUCAUGGUCACGGCUGUCCUGUUACCGAUAGGGGA